UCCUGCUGGGGGUGAGAGACCAAGGACGACGGAGCAGCACGUUUCAUGGUCUUGUGCGCACACCCUAAACGCAACUACACGCAAAAACCCAACAAAUCCCAGAUCUCGAAAAGCCCCAACUCUGUGCUUUCAUGUGGGCUUGCUUUCCCCUUCUCUCCCUCGGUGAGCGAGGGUCCACUUCUAGGCGGAGGUAAACACUUUACAAUCGAAUAACGAACGGGCUAUAAUACACGAGGAAGGGUGAGGGAGGUAUGUGGCGGUGCCAGACGCAGCGAGAAAACGUACGUACGUGCUUUACCCGAGUGGCGGUGUGUGUGUGUGUGUGACGUGAUAUUGCAGCCUACUCCUCCUGGAGCUCUGCGAGGGGAGCAAAGCGUGUCUAUUUCGCUCUGUUCUCUUACUCAGUGUUCCCAACAUCUCACAUCCACCCACACUACCGUUUUUUUUGGAGGGGCGACUUUUUUGGGGGUGCUGACCGUCUCGUGUGUGCGCUAGCCUAGGAUCUCUGGAGAACAUAUGACAGAGGGAACAAACUGUGGAGUAUAGUCUGUCGAAUUGAUUUGAGUUGGUUCCUUGCAGAUCGCCUUUCUACCCCACCAUCACUCAAGAAUCUCGCCCUCCGUCGAUAGCUGUCGUAUGUUGCGCUCGCCGUUCUCUCAGCAGCAGCAGGUCAGUGUUGGAUGGAGAAGGCAGAAGGGGGAAUGAGCCAGACCGGAGCCUAACGCAUUUUUCAUCCAUUGACCGUCUUGUUGCGCUGGACUUCUUUUGUUGGGAAUGGGGAGUAUUGAUUCACUGGAGGGCUGCAGAAUUUAUCUAUAAAGGAUGUGGCCAAGUAUGUUGGAAAAAUAGCCAUAGCUUCCGCAGUGUAAGGCCAAAUGACAUAGGAUGAAGGCUGUUCGUAACCUGUUGAUUUACAUAUUUUCCACCUAUCUUCUGGUUAUGUUUGGAUUAACUGGUGCCCAAGAUUAUUGGUGUUCCACUCUGAUCAAGGGGGUCAUAUAUGGAUCCUACUCGGUGACUGAGAUGUUUCCCAAGAACUACACAAACUGUACUUGGACCCUGGAAAACCCGGACCCUACCAAAUACAGCAUCUACCUGAAACUGUACAAGAGGGACCUGAGCUGCUCAGAGUUCUCCCUGCUCACCUACCAGUUUGACCACUACUCCCACGAGAAGAUCAACGAGCUGCUGAAAGUCAACGAGUCCAUCGUGUACCUGUGCGACUCCAAGAACAGCUACGUUUUUUUGCUGUACGACAAAAACUUCGUCCAACUCCGCCGGGUCUUCCCCUACGACUACAACGGGCUGACGCCGCAGAAGUUGGAGGAGGAGAAGUCAGUGGUAGAGUUCCUGGUUGUGAACAAGGCCAGCCCCAGCCAGUUCGGGUGUCAGGUGCUCUGCACGUGGCUGGAGAACUGCCUCAAGUCGGACAAGGGCAGCGUGGAGACAUGCGGGAUCGAGUACUCCAAGUGCACCUGCCCCCAGCACUUGGGGGACGGGGAGUCGGAGAGCAUGCUCAUGCUCAACAACGUGGUAUUACCCCUGAACUCCCAGACUGAGGGCUGCCUGUCGCCGCAACUGCAGGCCGGGCAGGUGUGCAAUCUCAGUGCGGAGGUGAAGCGUCCACCGAAAGAAGAGUAUGGAAUGAUGGGAGAGCAUACUGUAAAAAGUCAGCGGCCGCGGUCAGUUCAUGACACAAAGGCCCUGCAGGAGCAAGCUGAGUCUGCUAAAUUUAUGGCACAAACUGGUGAAUCAGGUGCAGAGGAGUGGUCCCAGUGGAGCUCAUGCUCUGUAUCUUGCAGUCAGGGGUCGCAGGUGCGAACCAGAACGUGUGUGACACCGUACGGAACGCACUGCACCGGCCCUUUAAGAGAGUCAAGGGUUUGCAAUAGCACGGCCCCCUGCCCAGUACACGGUGUGUGGGAGGAAUGGUCCCCCUGGAGCUUGUGUUCGUUCACGUGCGGGCGGGGCCAUCGUACCCGCACUAGGAUGUGUGCUCCCCCGUUGCACGGCGGACGCGCGUGCGACGGACCCGAGACCCAGAGCAAGCUCUGUAACAUCGCUCUGUGCCCAGUGGACGGGCAGUGGCAGGAGUGGAGCACUUGGAGCGAUUGCUCCGUGACCUGUGCCAACGGCACUCAGCAGAGGACCAGGCAGUGUUCGGCAGCGGCCCACGGGGGAUCCGAGUGCCGGGGUCACUGGGCAGAGAGCAGGGAGUGCUAUAAUCCUGAUUGCACAGCCAACGGUCAGUGGAACCUCUGGGGUCCGUGGAGCGGCUGUUCCAAGUCGUGUGACGGCGGCUGGCAGCGGAGGGCCCGUGUGUGCCAGGGGGCCGCCACCACGGGCCAGCAGUGCGACGGCUCGGGAGAGGAGGUCCGCAAGUGCAGCGACCAGCGGUGCCCAGCGCCCUACGAGAUCUGCCCUGAGGACUAUGCAGUCUCCAUGGUGUGGAGACGAACGCCUUCGGGGGAGCUGGCCUUCAACAGAUGCCCCCCCAACGCCACAGGCACCACCAGUCGACGCUGCUCCCUGGACCACCGGGGCGUGGCCUACUGGGAGCCGCCCAGCUACGCUCGCUGCAUCACCAAUGAAUUCAGGUCCUUGCAGCAAUCAGUUCAGGGGCACCUUGCCAAGGGCCAGAGGAUGCUGGCCGGGGACGGCAUGUCCCAGGUCACCAAGAACCUGCUGGACCUCACCCAGCGGCGCAGCUUCUACGCCGGCGACCUACUCUCCUCCGUGGAGAUCCUGCGCAACGUCACCGAGACCUUCAGGAGGGCCCACUACGAGCCCUCCUCCGACGACGUGCAGAAUUUCUUUCAAAUCAUCAGCAACCUUCUGGAGGAGGAGAACAAGGAGAAAUGGGAGGACGCCCAACAGAUUUACCCGGGCGCGGUGGAGCUAAUGCAGGUCAUAGAGGAAUUCAUCCACAUCGUCGGACUGGGAAUGAAGGAUUUCCACAACGCCUAUUUGAUGACGGGGAACUUGGUCGCCAGCAUCCAGAGACUUCCUGCGGUAUCGGUGAUGACCGACAUCAACUUCCCCAUGAAGGGUCGUAAAGGCAUGGUCGACUGGGCCAGGAACUCUGAAGAUAAAGUGGUGAUCCCAAAGGGCCUCUUUGUUUCGCCGUCAGCAGGAGACAUGGAUGGAUCCCCAGUCUUUAUUUUAGGAACAGUCCUUUACAAGACCCUCGGACUCAUGCUGCCUUCACCAAAGAACCACACGGUUGUGAACUCCAAGAUAAUUGCGGUGACCGUGAGGCCGGAGCCCAGAGUCACAAGCACUCACUUGGAAAUCGAGCUCGCACAUCUGGCAAACGGGACCUUCAAUCCGUACUGUGCAUUAUGGGAUAGCAGCAUCAUGAACGACUCUUGGGGAACCUGGUCCUCAAAAGGAUGUAAAACGGUGCUCACAGAUGCAUCCCAUACGAAAUGCUUAUGUGAUCGUGUAUCUACCUUCGCCAUUUUGGCUCAGCAACCAAGAGAAAUAGCCAUGGAGUACUCGGGGGUCCCAUCUGUAACACUGAUAGUUGGCUGCGGUCUGUCCUGCCUUGCCUUGAUCACACUGGCAGUGAUCUAUGCCGUCCUUUGGAGAUAUAUUCGUUCUGAACGAUCUAUCAUCCUUAUCAACUUCUGCCUGUCCAUAAUCUGCUCAAACAUAUUGAUCCUCGUUGGACAAACACAGACUCACAAUGCGGGCGUGUGCACGAUGACCACGGCCUUCCUGCACUUCUUCUUCCUGGCGUCGUUCUGCUGGGUUCUGACCGAGGCGUGGCAGUCCUACAUGGCCGUGACGGGCAAGGUCCGGACCCGGCUCAUACGCAAGCGCUUCCUCUGCCUGGGCUGGGGAUUACCGGCCUUGGUUGUCGCAGUCUCGAUGGGAUUCACUAAAGCGAAGGGCUAUGGGACCCCCCAAUACUGCUGGCUGUCUCUGGAAGGGGGUCUCUUGUACGCCUUCGUGGGGCCCGCGGCGGCCGUGGUUCUGGUCAACAUGGUGAUCGGCAUACUGGUGUUUAAUAAACUGGUGUCCAGAGAUGGCAUCCUGGACAAGAAACUGAAGCACCGGGCAGGGUAUGACAGCACCCUGCAACAGAUGAGCGAGCCGCACACGGGCCUCACGCUGAAGUGCGCCAAGUGCGGUGUGGUGUCGACCACGGCGCUCUCCGCCACUACCGCCAGCAACGCCAUGGCGUCUCUGUGGAGCUCCUGCGUGGUGCUGCCCCUGCUGGCGCUCACCUGGAUGUCGGCCGUGCUCGCCAUGACGGACAAGCGCUCCAUCCUGUUCCAGAUCCUCUUCGCCGUGUUCGACUCUCUGCAGGGCCUGGUCAUCGUCAUGGUCCACUGCAUCCUGCGCAGAGAGGUACAAGAUGCGUUCAGGUGUCGUCUUCGAAACUGCCAGGAUCCGAUGAACGCCGACGCCACCGGAACCUUCCCCAACGGGCACGCUCAGAUUAUGACGGACUUUGAGAAGGACGUGGACAUCGCCUGCCGAUCAGCGCUCCACAAAGACAUGGGCUCGUGCCGCGCGGCCACCAUCACAGGCACGCUGUCCCGCAUCUCCCUGAACGACGAGGAGGAGGAGGAGCAGCAGCAGAAGGCCUCCGAGGGCCUCAACUACUCCACGCUGCCGGGCAACAUCAUGUCCAAGGUCAUCAUCCAGCCCUCGGCGCUGCACAUGCCCAUGGGCGUGGGCAUGGCCGGCGGCGAGCUGGGCGACGGCGGCGGCGGCCUUGGCGGAGACAUGCGUCGCGCGGUCUACCUGUGCACGGACGACGCCAUGCGCCACGGCGAGCAGGACAUGAGCGGCCGCGACAUGGACGGCCAGAUGAUGGAGACGGACUAUAUCGUGAUGCCGCGGGCGGGGGGCGGCGGCGGCGGCGGCGGGGGCGGGGGCGGAGCCUCGGUGGGCAACGUGCCCACGCUGCUGAAGGACGACUGUAAGAUGGGCAUGGGCAUGGAGACACUGUCCCACGACCGGCUCAUGCACUACAAGAUGAGCCCCGACUUUGGCGGCAUGAGCGCGGCGGCCAUGGAGCACCUGGGCCUCGGGCUGGAGCAGCAGCAGCAGCAGCAGCAGUACCCCGGACCCCCGGAGCACAUGCAGACCCUGCCCUUCGAGCCGCGCACCGCCGUCAAGAACUUCCUGGCGGAGAUGGAGGAGAGCGGCGGGCUGUCGCGCAGCGAGACGGGCUCCACCAUCUCCAUGAGCUCCCUGGAGAGAAGGAAGUCUCGGUACUCGGACCUGGACUUUGAGAAAGUCAUGCACACCAGGAAAAGACACAUGGAGCUGUUCCAGGAACUGAAUCAGAAAUUUCAAACCCUGGACCGAUUUCGAGACAUACCAAAUAUGGGCAGCAUGAGGCCACUGCAGACGAUGGACACCAAGACAAUGCCAAACAAGAACCCGUGGGAGAGCUACAACCCGGCCUGCGAGUACCAGAACUACGCCACCAUGAGUGUCCUGGAGCCCGGCGCCAAGGCCUCCCUGGAGAUGACUGCGGCCGAGUGGGAGAAGUGUGUGAACCUGCCCCUGGAGGUCCAAGAGGGGGACUUCCAGACGGAGGUCUAGUGGGAGAAGUGUGUGAACCUGCCCCUGGAGGUCCAAGAGGGGGACUUCCAGACGGAGGUCUAGUGGAGGGAGAGGGAGAUGGGGGGGGGGCAGGGAGAGAGAGGGGGGGAGAGGGGGGGAGGGGGGGAGGGGUGGCAGGGAGAGGAUGUAUUUUGCACUGAAAAAAAAGCAACUGACUUUUUGAAAACAGCCUUGGCGUACAUAUCUGGAUUAUAAGGAGCGCGGCGGAGACAUUAUGUGCCAAUACCGGUGGAGAGGAAGAGGAGGAGGAGGAGGAGGAAGGAGACGAGGAAGCGAAGAACAACAACAUGGGAGACGGUGGGGGAAUGUGGGGGGGGGAACUCCAUCAGUGUUACUUUUUGUAUUCUCACUAGUGUACUUAGUGUGGGGGGAAGCCUGGUGUACAAUAUUUACCAUCACGUGUUUCAAAAAUAUCUGUUGAGGAAAAAAAUUGGCAACAAAAAAAAAGGAACAAAAAAAAAAAAAAAGGUAAAUCUCGCGUUCGACGAAACAACCUCGAAAAAGUAACUGACAUGCCAUGUCGUCCCAGCUUCGUCGGGUCCAGCUUUGAUUUCCGAAAACGCUCGACCCGGAAGCACAAUGUAUAUAUUUAUGCAGGUUUUUAAAGAGUUUAUAACAGUCUGUUUGGCCAUUACUACACUUUUUACUUUAUAAUAUAAAAAACAUGGACGGCAAAGAGGGAUUUUUUCUUCGUCAUAUUAAAAAUGAAUGUUUGUCAAGCUACAUUCUUCAUUGCUUUAAAUGCAAUAAAGAUAAUACUCACUUUUAUAUAAAUAAUAUAUUUCACAACUUUAAUACUGCAGAAUCUGCUUCAAGGACCCCCAGGCAGGCUCACUCAUCUGCAGCUGUAUAAAAUAUUUAAAAACAAAACGUUGUAUGGUGUAAAUAAAAUUUUGUCUACAUAUGUUUUACUCGUGCCAAUUUAUUUUAAUGAGAAAAGAAAAAUGCCAACCUGAUCAGAGUUCUAGCGAAAAAUGUUAACAUUUGAAAAGGAAUGUAAAUAAAAGAGGAAAUAUGUUCGUACUG